AUGGAGUGGACCUGGAAUGCCUCGGAAACGAAGCCUCCAGCUUGGCAGGAGCAAAUCGGGUAUGUGGGUGUUGGAUUAGUGGUUGCCCAGGGUGGCUCCUAUUCCUUCAGGGCGCAGGCUCGCUUGAAACUUGAUCAACUGGCGCCGCCCGAUCCCAAAAAGAGCCAAGAGGUCACUGUCCGCGUGCUGCUGCUUCCAGGUGUUCUGAACUGUGAAAUGGUCCACUGCCUGGCGGCCACGAGGGAUCAGCGCAUUUUCACCAAGCUGGUGAUCCAUGCGCUGCUGAAGCACUUGUGGCAGGCUUUCAGGCCGAUGUUUCUUAUCGACCUAGCCCACCAGAUUCUGGCCAAUGCAGUGAUCUGCUAUUGGAUCUGGGGCGCUGGCCAGGUGCAGGCGCCGAAGAUGCUGCGCUGCUCGUUGUGGGGACUCCUUGCUUCAGAGGGCGUCUCGGAGUGCUUCACUUUCGUUUGGACCUUUGUGCAUGGCUACAAGCGCCUGAGUCCGGGUCUUCUCUAUCGCUGGGUGAAGCGCGCUGCCGCACGGGCGGUUGUCGGCGCCUUCGCUCUGUCCCUGGCUGUGGAAACAGCGGCAGAGUUCCAGCCGGUGGAGAAUGGUUCCAUCUUGCUCUCCAUCAACAGCUUGCUGCAUUGGCUGCUGAUACUGACCGAGAUACGCGCCUUCCGGGCCACGGGUCGAAGGAUCCUUCCGAUCAUGAAGUCAGUCACGCCCAUCGCUGGGAUGUUGCUGAUCAUGUGUUCGAUCACCUUAGCCUUCCUCCACGCUUUUUGGGCCAUGGACCGCGCCGACAUAAAUGAAAUCUCAAUGUUUAACAUCGUCGUGCUGCUCUUUACCGGAGAGCAGUUCCUUAGUGGCGAUGAUUUGGCGCUGAUGCCGGAUCGGCAGAGGAUCACGAUCAUCCUCCUUUCGAUAGGUGGAGUGUUCAUCUUCCUGACGUGCACCAUCAACGUCUUUAUUGCCGUGCUUUGUGAGUGCUACGACCAGGAGCAAGAGCGCAUGGUCUGCACGUUCCUGAAAGAGCGCGCGAGAAUCUGCAGUGGCUACUUCCUGCGCCCGAAGAUGAAAGCCACGGGCUUCAGCUUCCUCUCCCAGGAGAUACGGAAGCUCACGUGGUGGCGCUGGAUCCUGCUUUUGGUAGUUGUCGUGGUUUUUUACGGCGUGACUCUCUUCCUUAUCUCCGAGGCAGACAUCGUCACAGCCUGGUUUGGCGCUGUAUAUCCAUCCCUGUCGGUCCUUUGCGUGCAAAGCAUCUUUCGGGAUUGCGCCACGACGAACUGGAAGAAGAGCUACCUCUGGCUUUGCCAUGAAAAGUCGAUCGACGAGGAAACCUUCUUGGCUCCAGAGCAGCGCGACGACGAGGAUCAUUCUGGCAGGCUGACACAAGUCAAAAAGUUCAUCCGUGAGCGGAUGAAAGCCACCAUGCAGAAGGUGCAGUACCUGCAAAUGUCCGUGAACGGGGUGAAGAAAGAGAUGGAUUGUCAAAAAGAGCUGCUGCAGCGGAUCAGCACGCAGGUGGGUUGUUUACCGCCCCCUGCUGAAGACAUACCCAUCCCGAUCUUCCCGAAGGACAAGAACGGCAAGCACAGCCGCCUUCCCGGCCCCGUACUGUUUCUGGCACUGGACCUCGCAGUGGCGCCGCCGAAGAGCCCUCCAGAGUGGAAGCGGUGGCUGGAGAAGCUAAAGUAUGCCUCCAUACCUGUGGUGUCCGUCUGCUUCACCUGGUGGCACGUCUGGCUGGGCAUUCAGAUGUGUUGGUAUCCCAUCGAGUUCUGGGGACGUCCCCCAUGCCUCGGAUGGCAGGGCAUCGUGCCCCGAAGGGCGCGGAUCAUGGCCGAGAGAUCAUGCGACCUCAUGAUUGGCAACUUAGUCACCGUCGAGGAGCUCGUCGACCGGAUCCACCCCGAAGACUUCUUUGGACAGCUUGGUCCGGCUCUAGGGACGUGCAGCACAGCGGUGCUGAAGCGUCUGGCAGAGAAGCACUGCCCACAGGUCUGGGCGCAGCUCCCGGACUCAGUCAGACAGGAGCUGAACGCAAAGGUUAUGGAACAGAGUGUGCUUAUGUUCCGGCCGGUGAUUGAAGACCUAAAGCAGAACGUGACGAAGAUCUUCGAUAUCAAGCAGAUGGCCGUCGAAGCCCUUAUCGAAGACAAGGCGCUUCUUGUCUCCAUGUUCCAGGACAUCUCGCAGAAGGAGUUCACCUUUGUGCUGCGCGUUGCAGCUGUGAUGGGCUUCAUUCUUGGUCUUGUGCAGAUGGGCGUGUGGAGAUACAUCCAUGUUUGGUGGAGCCUCCCCGUCACUGGGCUCGUCAUCGGCUACUUCACCAACUGGCUGGCCAUCACGAUGAUCUUCCGGCCAGUGCAGCCGCACAUCGUCUGCUGCGGUUAUGUGAACUGCCAGGGGGUGUUCCUCAAGCGGCAGCAGGAGGUGUCCAGAGAGUUGGCCACAAUGAUAUCAACGAAGCUGAUCCACGCGGAGAGGAUUCUGUCCUACGUGGUGAAGUCGGAAGGCUUUCAGCAGGUGCUCGACAUCUACCAGACGCACAUGGACCACGCAGUGGACCAGGUCCUGGGCCGCACCUCACGCGUGCUCCCCGCCUUCGUCGGCCGGGACGCCGUGCGCGGCAUCAAGGAGGAGGUGGCGCAGUUCACCCUUGAGGAGCUGCCCGCGCACUCCAGCGACAUCGCCCGCUACAUGGACCGGACGUUCGGCUUGGCUGAGCUGGUCGGAGAAAGGUUGGCGAACUUGCCACCAGAGCAGUUCGAAGGCAUGCUCAGGCCUGUUUUCAAGGAAGAUGAGUGGAUGGUCCUGCUUUUAGGAGGUGUCCUGGGCAUCCUCGUGGGCUUGGUCCAGGCCCUCCUCCUCGGACGAUAA